AUGCAUGAGGACACUGAGUCCGAGUCCGUGGUAAGCGCAAGAGCGAAGAAGAAGAAAGGCCUAAUGAAGAAACUCAAAUUCAAAAUCCCCUUCACCAAGUCCUCGCUGUCGAAAAAGAACUCUGUUCUCACCAUGGGGUCUGGAUCACUGCCUGCCUCUCCACACAGCUCCGUUGCUUCUCCUCAUACCCCCGUUUCGGCAAACCCUAAAUCGUCCUUUCCAUCUUCUCCGCAACAACCUGACGCAUCCUCUUUCCCAACUGGCUCCAUCGCCAGUCGAGCUGCAGCGUUCGGCCAACCCAUCAAGACGUCCAAUUUGCCAAACAACAAAGAUCUGACUGGUAAAGAACCACAGGGACGUAAUGCAACCGAGGGAAGGAACAAAGCCGAGACACACACCAGCAAAGGCAUUCAGGGUCACCUCAAAGGAAUCCUAUCAUCCAACAAAACCCACGGACAUCUCAAAGAGGACACCGGCAGGUCAACUGACGGGCAUUCCAAGGGGGAAACUACCAAAUCCAAACAAGAACCAGCUACAAGAAUCUCCUCGCACGAGCCGGAUGAGUCGGAUGAAACUCUGGUCGGCUACGCUCCUUCUGUAACACAAUCUAUUGCUAAGAAGCACGUCGACAUGGUUGUCCAAUACGAAGAGGAGCUCCGAGAGCUAAAAAGCCAACUAGCUCCCUUGGAGCGUCACAAUAUGGAAGGAGAUGCUCAAAUCGAGCAAUUAAAAGCUCUAAUAAAUGAAAAAGAAGAAUAUAGCGCGCGCGUGCACACAGAUUUUCUGGAGGCGCAGCGAGAUUUGCUGAGACUUCAGGAUGAAAACACCCAGUUGCAAAGCGCGUUAAAGCAGCAGGAACUCCUACUGGCAUCAUUCAAGCCGGCUGAGGGCUUGGAAGCGCAAUUAAAUGAGGCCCGCAGCGAGUUGGAGCAGCUGCGUCUCCGACCUCCUCAUCGCCAUGAUUUAAGCGAGUGUCCGGAUUGCUACCAACUGUCGGAGAAUCAGCGGGUUGCCGCCGCGCGAGAGCUAGAGCAGCAGAAAGAGCUUGUUCAGCAAAAGAAGCAAGACUACGAUGCUUUGCAAAGCCAAGUGCAGAAUCUGCGCAGGGAGUGUUCUCAGAAGCAAAGCCAAAUAACGAGGAUGGCGCAUGACCUCGACAGCUUGAUGUCCAUACAAGCAGAAGCCAAGGCUCCUCCUGUGGCUAAGUUCAGCCGAGGCGCACAAACCGAGCCGACCUCAAAGGGAACCCCAAAGGGUUCUUCCCCCAGGGGAUCUGGUUCUCGCAAAGGUAGAAUUUUGGCGGAGCUGAAUGACUCUUACCGCAAAAAUCCUCUGACGGAUGAACUCCGGUUAUGUCUCGAGCACCAGGAGACUAUGAAAGCGACCAAGGAGGCCGCAUUGCAGAUUGCGGCCGCUGCGCAGAAGCUACAGGCCCUUACGGGCUCCAAAUCACCUCUUCCUCCGGAUGCGGCUGCAUACACUACGGUAGGCCCCAAGGGUCCGAGCAACAGCAACUCACCUCGUGGUUCGACGUCAGCAGAUCCCGUCAUUGCCACGGUGCCCAAUGCUCCAGCUGCUUCUCCCGCAGCGGUUUCGCCCGCGGCCGUGGUCACGGGUCGGCCCGUUGGAAGCGGCCAUACUCACAUGGCCGUGGAAGCCCAACUGUUUCUUCCUGAUAGUUCGUUGUUCGAGCCGACCAGCCAUGACCGGCAGUGGCACUACGGUUCUAGCUCUAUGCUGGUGAACCAUACGGCUACGCAGCGCGGGUGGUCGUACCGGUGGGCCAACGGACGGUACGUGCUUGAGCGGUUGGUUCAGUAG